AUGAACGACCCCAGCCUCUACGACACCUUCAGCCAGGCCACCUCCCACACCUCGUAUUCACAGGACACCCAGACGUCCAAUCCGCUGGUGCGGUUCUGGUCCAGUACCACCACUGGCGCUGGGCUUGCCAGCGGCCCCGAGUUUCUCUCGGGAGACCCCCAGGACGUGAUGAAGCCGUUCCAUAGCCAGUCCAAGGGCCAGUUGAACAUCAACGCCCCCAGUUACAUCCCAGCCUACGCCAAAGAGCCCGUGUUCCCCGACGUCCCAGCCAGUCGCUUGCAGGCGGCAGAACAGGAGUGCCAGGAGUUGAAGGUGGAAAUGAUCCUCAAGAACCAGAUGAUCAAGAACCUCACGGAACAGUUGUCGGUCAUGGACCACGCACGGUCGCAACAGAUCAAGGAGUUGAGCUACCCACCUAUCGUAGGCAUGGACCAAUCCAUCCGCAUCCCCCACAACCACUACCAGUUGUUUCAGGACUUGUCUAAGACCUUACAGGAAAAAAUCUCGGAGUUAGAGGACACGCGGGAGAAAUUGGAGACCUUAAUCGUCAGUAUAUCCAUGGGUACCUCGGGAGUGCGGUUCACCCAAGACGGCCACUACGACGAGCAGGAGCUCACGCACAAGAUCGUCAGCAAGCUCCAGUUGCUCAAAGCCGAAAACGACAACCUCUUACAUAUGUUUAGCUACGGCACCACCACCAGUUUGAUGGUAGAAUUGGGAUUGUUGAGAAACGAAAAUAAAACAUUGGUGGAACGGUUACGUCAGCAGGAGCUGCAACGCCAAGAUACGCGAAAUCAGGAAUGA